GCAAUGACGACAAAAACGAUCAUACCACCACGCUUUGUCGACAACGUAGUCUUCUCAUGGAGGAGGAGCCUUUUCAAAACAGAGCUUUAAUUGAGACUGAUGAUGGAAACAGAGGAAACCCACAAGCACUCGCAACCCCAGAUUCCAAGUACUCUUCUCUUCUGACCCUUUGGAUUGGAUUUUUCCCCCAAUUUUCCAUUUGGGUUUUCGAUUCUCUACAAAACCCAGUAACCCUUUCUUGAUUUAAUGAAUCUUUCUUUAUUUCUUUCUUCUUGGUCGUCUCCUCCACUGCUCUCCUGAUUCUUGUAGCUUAACAAGUUUGUUUAUGUUCAUGUUUUCAUUGAAAUCUUCUGUUUCCACUCGCCCAUUUCAGUAUCUUCUGUGUUUCCUUUUUGGGGUUUUUCUUUUCCUCUCUCUUUCUCUAGUUUGUGUAAUUAUUCUCAGCAGCAAACCCAUUUUGUCUUUUGCCCUUUAAUCCCCAUUCUCAUGUUUGUACAAUCUCCCAUGAGUUCUCUGAGAAAUGAUGAGGGAAACUGAGGAUUUUGCUCACUCUGAUUCAUGCAAGUUGGUUCUUCUAUGUGCUAUAUAAUACCAAGAAGAAACUACUGGUUUCUGUGAAGUUGAUUGUUCAUAAAUCAUAGUCUGUUUUUUUUUUUGGCUCCUCCGCUCUAGAAAUUGGUUCUAGGUUUACUGCAUUGAACAAUGUUUCAAGACGAAGGCACAUCCUCCGUAACUUCCUCCCCUCUCCAGUUCUUCACUAUGAUGUCUCUUUCACCUAAAUUGGGUUCUCCAUAUCCAUGGCUUAGAGAGCUCAAAUCUGAGGAGAGGGGCUUGUAUCUGAUCCAUUUGUUGCUUACUUGUGCAAAUCAUGUGGCUGUUGGUAGCCUUGACAGUGCCAAUCUUGCCCUUGAUCAAAUAUCCCAUCUUGCUUCUGCAAAUGGUGACACAAUGCAGCGGAUUGCAGCUUAUUUCGCCGAGGCUCUCGCAGAUCGAAUCCUCAAAACUUGGCCCGGUCUUUACAAGGCCUUCAACUCCACCAAGAUGCCAAUGGUUUCAGAGGAGAUUAUUGUUAAGAAACUGUUCUUUGAAAUGUUUCCAUUCCUCAAGGUGGCUUUUGUGCUUACUAAUCAGGCUAUUGUUGAAGCCAUGGAGGGGGAAAAGAUGAUACAUAUAAUUGAUCUCAAUGCCAAUGAAACUGCUCAGUGGCUUGCACUUCUGCAAGUUUUGAGUGCCAGGCCUGAAGGACCUCCCCAUUUGAGAAUCACUGGGGUUCAUCCACAGAAAGAGGUUCUGGAUCAAAUGGCUCGUAGGCUGACCGAGGAAGCCGAAAAAUUGGAUAUCCCGUUUCAAUUCAAUUCUGUUGUCAGCAGAUUGGAGAACCUUGAUAUGGAAAAGCUUCGAGUGAAAACCGGGGAGGCUCUCGCUAUCAACUCGGUUCUUCAGUUGCACGCCCUUCUGGCCUAUGAUAAUGAAGUCCCACAAAAACCAUCUCCUUCAGCAUCAAAGGGUGCAAAUGGAGUUCAGUACUCGAGAUACCCGCAUCUGAACCAAACCACCUUGAGUGAGUUACUCGAAAAGGAUUUGGUUAAUGGUUGCAGUCCAAGUUCAGACUCAGUUUCCUCAUCAGCACUAUCUCAAGCAAACGUGACGAAGAUCGAUAGCUUUCUGAAUGGAUUGUGGGGUUUGACGCCAAAGGUGAUGGUUGUAACCGAACAAGAUUCGAACCACAAUGGUUCAACACUUAUGGAGAGAUUACUAGAGGCUCUCCACACAUACGCAGCUGUUUUUGAUUGUCUGGAAUCGAACAUGUCAAGAACAUCCCUGGAAAGGUUGAAGUUAGAAAAGAUGCUAUUUGGGGAAGAGAUUAAGAACAUAGUAGCUUGUGAGGGAGCUGAGAGGAAGGAACGACACGAAAAGCGCGAGAAAUGGAGUCAACGGUUGGAUCUCGCAGGGUUCAGGCAUGUGUCUUUGAGUUAUUACGGCAUGCUGCAGGCACGGAGCCUGCUACAAGGGUAUGGUUGUGAUGGUUAUAGGAUGAAGGAAGAGAAUGGUUGUGUGAUGAUAUGUUGGCAAGAUCGACCGCUGUUCUCGGUAUCGGCUUGGAGGUGUUGUAAGUAGAAGAAAAUAUAGGAUCUGGUUUCUUAUUAUAGUCUAAAGAAUUCUUUUCAUUCUGAUUUGAUCAGCGUAGGAGAACGAUCGCAAUGUCGAUGCCAUAUUCUUACCCGAAAACCCCCUGUGGCCUUCUUGUUUCUUGAAAGUAGAUCACAUUUGUUUUAGUUUUGCUCAUUCUAUAUGUUGCUGAAGAGUACUGAUGUUUGGUCUCAAUCAUGGUUCAUUUUUGUAUCAAAGGGAAUCCAAUAUAACCUUUUCAUGUGGGGUCUCAA